AUGUGGCUGGAGUUGGACUACCCGCUCCCCGUUUGGAAGUGGGUCGAGGAGUUUUUCCUGGUCGUUUAUGUCUUCGAGCUCUCUGUGCGCCUGCUCUACUACGGCUGUGGGUACUUUGUCCACGAGAAUUGGACAUGGCAUUAUCUCGAUUUUGUGAUCGUCCUGUUCGGAGUGGCGGAGCAGUGGAUGUUGCCCUUGUGGCACGUCAUCUACCACACACUCUUUGGUGCGACCUCCUCCACCUCGAUCUCCAUGAGCCUGGUCCGGUCCCUCCGCAUCGUCCGCGUCUUCCGGGUGCUGCGCCUCGCGCGGCUCCUGCGGGGCGUCAAGCAGCUCUACAAGUUGAUUCACGGAGUCGUGGAGUCCAUGGCCAGUGUUGGAUGGGUCAUCAUCUUGACCUUCAUUUUGUUAUACUCGGCCUCCUUGGUCUUUACCACCCUCGUGGGCCGCGGCUACAUCUACGAGGAUCCGGAGGACGUGCCCGAUGAGGCCAUGCUUUACUUCGGCACCGUGUGGCGAUCGUUCCUGGCACUCUUUAAGCUCAUGAACGAUGACCAGUCCGUGGUCACCCAGAUCAUUACCACCAUCGGUGGCCAGAUCUUGUUUUAUGCCUUCAUGAUGCUCUCCAACUGGAUGAUGCUUGCCAUCCUGACCUCUGUCAUCAGCGACAACAUGAUGACGGUGUCCCGCACCAAGGAGGAGGAAGACCGGAAGAGGUCGAUGCAAGACCGCGCGGAGAUGGCGAAGCGUCGGAUCACGCAGAUCUUUCAGAGGCUGGACGAAGAUCACAGUGGCUCCAUCACCGAGGACGAGAUGCGCCAGCUUCUGAGUGACUUAGACCUCCAGGCGGAACUCUGUGAGGCAGCAGGAUUGCAUGAUGCCUCAGUGCCUUGA